UAAGACUCGACCUUGUGACCUGUGUUGUUGAUAACAUGUUAGAUACAUGUACCAUGUCAUUUUCUGACAUGUUGUUCAUCAUAUGCUGAGCCUGUUUGACAUAGAAGUGAAUCGCUGAUUUCAGAGGUACGAGUGUUUCCCAAGAACACAGACCGGAACUGCACACUUAAAACUCGGUACUACUGCAAGUUUCAAAGACAACCUUAUGUGACAACCUUCUUCAGAACUGAAGUAAAAUAACAGUCCACUGUGAAGUGUCUGGACCACCAGGAAGUUAACGGAAUGUGGGUGUGUAAGCUUUGCCACGAAUUGAAUGAAACAAGCCAGAGUUGUUGCAAGAAAUGUAACCAAUUACGAACUACACCCUUGAAGAGCGGUCAAACACAAUGUCCGAGAUGCAAAAUGGCGACAUUGCUACCAAGAGGAGUGUGUUCAGCCUGCGGCAAUGGGGGAGUACAGGUUGCGAAAGUCAACCCGAUGCCCAGACCUUCUACAGAGACAGCAGGAGCUUCUGUUCAUGACCCUGGUAUUACAAAUGGGCCAAAGGGUAAAGAACCUGCCAGUGAAGACUUCCUGCAAAGGAGAGUAGAUGAAGUGGCGCACACUGAGGAAGAGAAGAUGAAGAAAGAGAUGAAGGGAGAAUUUCGAAAAUCGAUGCAGAUGAAGAUGGCAAAAGAGAGAGAGGAAUUCUUAAUACAACAAGGAAAAACUGCCAUGGAGACGGAAGCUCUAAGACGUGAAGUUGCCGGUCUGAAACUAAAGAACCAACUUUCGGAGUGAACAGUUUAUAAGGAAACAUUUCAGUUACAUAGCACCCUCAAUCAUACAGCGUAUAUCCACAAUGGUGCGAUAUUUACUAUGGGCCCCCUUUGCCACCAAAGCUUCGUUUCGGAAGUGACGUCACUAUCUCCCUCUCUCUUAUCACCAGUUUAGCACAGCAUUCCCUCAGUCCUAAGUGUACUUUGAUUGGACAGCUAUUUUUAGCGAAACGGGUAUCCCCCUGAUAACCAAUCUCUUGUGAGCAUCUACCCCUCUUCAUUGUCCUAAAUGUUACACACAUAGUAAUGCAAAUGUAAAGUUAUUUGUCAAUAAUUCAUCGAUGGCGUAUUCUUUAUACAGUAAACUACGGUUAUAACGAACUCAAAGGGACUACUUAUUUUAGUUCGUUAUAACCGUAGUUCGUUAUAAGUAUAUAUACAGCAUAACUACAGCAAAUAGUCGGGACCAAAAAAAGUAAGUUCGUUAUAUCCGUCAGUUCGUUAUAAGCGUGUUCGUUAUAACCGUAGUUUACUGUAUGUGUAUUGCUUCAUUCAUUGCUAUCUUAUUAUCAUAUAUGUAAUAAAUUUCUUUCGACUGUAUUUGGCCUACUCAUCGUGUUAUCAUAACUCGACCGCCUCCGUGAUCUAGUGAAGAGGGCGUCUGCACGGAUAACGAAAGGUCGGUGAUUCGGUCCCCUGAUCCAGUCAUACCAAAAUACUUUUAAAAAAUAGCACUUGUUGUUACCCUGCCUGCCGCUCGUCAUUAACGGGAUAACACAAGGACUGCUCGGAUGAGAUUCUGUAUAAUGUUUCUGAGUGAGGUGUCCAUGUUAAACUUCGGCAUGGCAUUCCAGUGGGCUAUUAGGGAAAUAAUCUUAAACGCGACGUUAAACCUCACGUAUUAUCUUAAAGGAAUUACUCCUUUACGAGAGUUGGAUCGACAAUGUAGGUUGAGUGGUUAAAUUAAUUGUCUCGUCACACGGGAUCUUGUGAGUAGCGAUUCACGCCAUUGGGGCUAUCAGCCAAUUCAUGGAGCAUGACCAUCCGACCUUCUGUUGUCGACUCUAAGGACCAUCGUGGAAUACAUGUACUAGGGUCCAAUUCUUCUCCUGAAUCGCCAUGCUUGUCGUUGGAGUCGAUCAAAGAGGAUCGUGUGGAUACUGUGUGUGACCUGGCUUCGCGCAUCGAUUGCGAUAGUCGACAUUCAUGUUAUCAACCACUUGUCCGACUUGUCCGCCGCAGAGAUGUAGCUAGAAUGUUGUUGACUACAGCGUAAAUCAACAUCUAUUAAAACAUAAUGUCAUUUACAGCCAAACGGUAAAUACAUGAUAUUAACCACUGGUAUAUCUGUUCCUGAUUCGAGUAUUUACAGGCCGCCGUCGUGUAGCUAUACUAUUGCGGAAACAUACAAACAACAAAUACGUUCGUGAUCAUGCCCAAAACAUGCAAGUGUUUGAAAGAUAGACUAUUCCGGACUAGUACAAGCAGCCACAAAUAUACAUAAACGUACAUGCACGUCGCUAUAUGAAUGUUAUAAUCUUGACGAUUUGGUAUUGACAAAUAAAUAACUUUCAUGCCCUUUAA